AUGUCCUUCUUCGCUAAUCCCGCAAGUGUCAGCAUUGUUUACCAGCAUCCUGCUGACUCAUCGCGACCCCUGUUUUUCGUGGUGGACCCAGUUCACAUACUAAAGUGUAUAAGAAAUAACUGGCUGAAUCAACGAAACAUUGCAAAAUGCAUGUACUUUCCUGAACCAAAAAGUAAUGAGGCUGAACCAAAGAUACUUACAGCAUCUUUCAAGGUAUUGUGCGAGUUGCACGAAGCUGAAAAGCAUGAGCUCUUGAAGUUAGCGCCAACUCUCACUUUGAAAGCGCUGAACCCCUCCAACAUGGAACGACAGGACGUUAAGCUUGCACUAAAGGUUUUUAACUCAUCUACUGUUGCUGCUCUCAGUACCGCAACGUUCCAGCAUGCUAAGGAAACAUCUGAGUACAUUGACACCAUAUUGACUUGGUGGAACAUUGUUAACGUAAAGACGCCAAGAAAAGGACAGCGGUUGCGAGAUCAUUUGCAAGGACCAAGAGUAUCAUCGUUGUGUCCGCAGCUCGAGUUCCUGCAAAAAAUAGUUGAGUGGCUUGAUCACUGGGAAAGCCUCAGACAUGACAAUGGCCGCCUUACACGUGAAACACACGCAGCUUUCAGCCACACUACCCACGCUUUGCACGAACUAGCCAUAUACUGCCUGGAGGAGCUUCAUUUUGAGUACGUUCUUUUGGGCAAAUUUCAAACUGACUGCUUGGAGGAUCGCUUCGGAAAGUAUCGGCAACUGUCGGGUUCGAAUUACCAUGUGUCAAUAAGGCAGAUAUAUGAAUCUGAAAACAAACUGCGUUUGCAGAAGGUUUUGGACCUGCCCGAUUUAGACAUGCUACCAGCUCCGAGUGCGAAUACAUGGAGGACAGGUGUGCCGUCUGCGCUCGGCCAGUUUGACGUCGCUGUGACUGAUUCUGACAUUCAGAAAAAAGCGUCAAGGCUUCCUGCAGUAACAUACGUUGCCGGCUAUUGUGCCCAUGCAGCUUUAAAGAAAUUGGCAUGCGGAUCUUGCAGGGAAAACCUUGUGAUGCAAGACGUCGACCUAGAUGAUGCUGAGAAUGCAUUAAUCACGAAGAUGUCGAGGGGUGGGCUGAAGUUUCCACGAGCAGUUGUAGUUAACGCUGUGCUGUUUACUGAAAUUAUAUUAGACAAGCUCAGGGCACCAGAAUACUCUGCGCGAUUUCUCAGCCUUCCUAUGCAGAAAGACACUCUUGUCAGCCUUGUGUUCUCUGCCCUUGCAGACUAUGAGGACCUAGAUGUGUGUGAUUCCGGUCAUUCUGCACAGGAAGUAAUGGAGCAUGUUGUAAGUGCUGCAGCGAAUACACUGCUGAACAACUUGUGCCGCACAGAAAACGACAAAUUACGUAAGGCCAAGAAUGAGCGAAAGCUAAAGACCUUGAAGACCUGA